AUGGCAGAGUUCCCUUGCGCUCUAGAACGCACCGUCGCUUCUGCUCUGCUCCUUCUCUCCACUUCACCGCCUCCUCCGCCAUCUCCUCCGCCGUCGCCAUCUUUACCGAUUUCUCAAGACGAAUGGUUGUUUGAGGAGAAAAUUCUUGGUGGAAAAUGCUCGAGUGAGAUGUCGCCAUUUUGUGAUGAUUCGAAGUCUUGCUCUUCAGUACUCACUAGAUCAGAUGAAUCGUCCGAGACUCGAGCGCAGGAGCUGUUGCUGUUCUCUACUUCAGCUUAUCGCGACGAGCUAAAGCUUAAUGUCGUGAGAAAGAGUCGUUCGAGGCCAGUACGGAUAUCCGGGAACCGGAAUCUCACUCCUACAGACGACGUGACCCUGUCUUCAGGCUCCGCGUCCUCGGAGACGACUUAUUGUUUGUCAAGCAGCUCAAGUGUGGACACAAGCGCGCCAAUCCGUCGCCUGGUUACCAGAGCAGAGAAGAAGUUGGAAAUGAUUCGUCACGCGUGGAGGAAAAAGCACGUCGCAUCCGCUCAUAUGCGCCGGCGUGCCGAAGCGAUUCUGAGUUACCUCUCUGGUGGCUGUUCCUCUGAGGUGAAGAUACGCCAAGUGCUCGGUGACAGCCCUGACACAAGCAAGGCUCUCAGAAUGCUGCUGAAACUGGAAGAGAUCAAAAGAUCAGGAACAGGUGGACGCCAAGAUCCCUAUAUUUACACGAUUGCUUGACAAACUCUGAGUAGAUGAUCCGUUCAUUUAUAGCCUGGUCCAAACUCAGCCAUAGAGAGUCUCGGGACAAUCCCAAUUGAUUGGGAAGUUUUGAUUAGGCCUGCUUUGUAAGCAAAUUAAAUAUGGUAGGGUAGUACAGGAUAUACUAGAAUUGAUUAGAGCUUCAUACGGAACAUAGAGCUUUGAAGUAUCAUCUUAGCUUCUCCAUUUUUGAAUCUCCCCAGAAUAAUGCCUUUUAGGGGGAGUGAAUUCAGUUCUGUGACAUAGCUAUAAUCUUGUAUG